AUGCCUCAGCCCGCUUUAUCCCUGUGUCUGUUGCCAGCCGAGAUUCUCGACCACGUCUGUCUACAGCUCGGGCCAUCGGACCUCGUGCGGCUCAUGCAGACCUCCAAACAUCUUCAUGAUACAGCCAGGUACCACAUGGUCCUGCGGCACACCAGCAUGGGCGACAGCUUCCCACUUAUCUUCGCAUGCGUUUCUGGCGAUCACGAGCUGGCUCGGAUCGCACUCGAGGCCGGUGCAUCUGUCGGAUCGCUGAAUCUGUCCGUAAAAGGUAUGGGCAAGGGUGAGGCAAACACAAAGUUGAACCGUCUCCUCUCCCGGUACAGUAAAGGAGCCCACCCCGAAGCCAUUGUCGACAUCGACGACGCAUACUGGAGCUUGGCCGAGGCUCCAGUACCAACCUCGUCCACGAAGUGGUUCUGGUCGUGGAUCAUGUGGAAACAGGCAGGCUUCACACCCCUGCACGUCGCCAUCUAUUGUCAGAACAACCACGUUGCCGAGCUUCUGCUUGCUCAUGGCGCAGACCCCGUUGGCGACUUCAUCUCGUGCUGUUAUAAGUGCUGCGGCAUGAGAAGGGAGUGCCCCGCUCGCCGGAUCGAUGCAGAUUCCACCCUCCAGGGCUGUCGAGCCGACGGCUGCAGGAGAUAUCCACCUCUGUUCACGGCAAUCAACAGUGGCAACUUGGGCAUGGUCGACGUGCUCCUUCAGCUCGGGGUCCCCUUGCUCACCGCAUAUGCCAAUGGCCAGACUGAGCUGCUCCCUGCCCACCUGCAGAGCCAUGUAUACGCCGGCGUCCUGGUGGCCCGUACAGCUCUCCAUGACGCCGUCAGGACCGGAAGCGUCGAGAUCAUCGACAUGCUGAUCCGACAUCGCCCUGAUGAUCUCGGGGCCUGCGUAGAAGCAAUCGAGCCAACCAUCCUUGGCUGCAGACCCAUCCACGUCCUGGCAGAAUGUCCUCCUCAUGCCGUAAAGGAUGUACUUGCUAAACUGAUUGCGCUCGGGGCAGAUAUAGAGGCUUGCAAUGUCGCUUACGAAGCCUCGAAUGUUGAGCAAGGGUCUGGCCCCGAGCUAGGCGCGCAAGCAGCGCCCAUCUCGGGCUUUCCUGAUUUUUCCGAUGGGCAAACCAGGGGCUCCGUCGGCUUAUCGCUCACGCCACUGGCCUAUGCCGUGUGGUGGAAGCUUGGCAGGGUAAUUUGGGAGACAGCCGACGGUUCGGAAUGGAAGUCAGAAGGCUCCACCGAGGUGUUGGUUGCCUUCAAGGCCCUCCUCGAUGCCGGCGCCAAUCUGUCCUCUCUCGGCACCAACCCGCGCAUCUACAAGAACAUCGACGGCAGGACCGACGAUCCGCUGUAUGGCGGGCUGCAGCUCAUUCUGGAGUGGUGCGCCAUGUACGAAGGUGGGCUUUGUGAAUCUCUUGUCGUUCGGUACUUUGGGAUCUUGAUCGAGCGUCUGACGCAACACUGCGGCCAUGUCUCACUUACACCUAGCCACCUCAGAUUCCUUCUCGACGGCGGAAAAACCGACAUGCGCUGGUUUAGGCAGGAAGCUGUGCGAGAACUCUUGGCCACCCCUCCCAUCGAGCAAGGUACUCUAUCCGACCCAAUCUUGAACGGCAAAGCUGACGUCCUGAGGGAUUAUAUCAUAGAUUGGGCUGCCGAACUUGUCACUGAGCCCUACCGCUGGAUAGAUGCGGUGGCAAGAGGACAUGAACCGUUUUUGGCAUUUCGGCUGCCAUACGUGGUAUACGGACGGAGGUACAGAAUGGACUGCAUAGUGAGAGAGCUGGUUGAAGGUGUGCGGCUGGACUGGACGCGGCUCCCCUUUGCGCCGCCCCAGUUUCACCAGUUCCCGACCCAUGCUGGCCAGACGAUUCCCGGCUACUUUGACUGCCACCCCUUUUACUUUUGGCAUGAUGAGGCCACGCCUGAAGAAUGGAUAAAGAUCAUGACUGGACUCCAGAAGGCUGCUGAAGAUCGACAACGGCGUCGGUUCCCUCGUUUCCAAACAUACAUCCAUGGCAAAGCGGGAGAGUGGAAUCCCCAGUCGGACAUCAAGAUGUUGUGGACCGCGCUCCUUUGCUUUUCUCCCUUCAAAAUCCAAAAGAGCAUCCCUGGCAGACAGCCAGGACAUCUGACCAAGGCGCUCUACGCGCAGGACUGGAAGUUUCUCGAGUGCGUGCUGCCCCUGAUCGGCCACCGCAACAUCAGCGUGACCGAUGCUGACGACUUUCUCGUCCUGUCGAGCCAGAUACCCAUGGUUCCGAAAGGCCUGCGGCAAGCAAUUGCCCGCAUGGCCGCUGGGAUCGAGGAAAAGGUCGACCAGCUUCGGCUGGAUAAGCUGAUGGCCAAAGGUGAGCCUGCUUCUCCACCCGAGUAUCUGUAUCUUGACCAGUGGGAAGGAAGUUAA